CCAGUUCAAAAAUGACAAGGAAGCCUAUGAAUGAAAAAUGUUGCAGUAUGAAUACCACAACUUACUAGGUACGUGUGUGUUUGUGUGUAAGCAAAAGCAUGGGAAGCAACCCAGAAGCAUUCGCUGCUACUUGAGAAAACAUUCAGCAACUACAAAGAUCUGGAGACAUGUUUUGUUUAAAAAACAAAGAUCACGUGAUCACUGAGUCAUUUCCAGGAAGGGAAACUCCCAGUGACUGAAAACUGAAAAAGCGAAACUUAACUGAGUCUUCAGCACGAGGGAGCCAUGGCUGCUGCAGGGGGUCACAUCCAGCGUCUCCGUGAUGAAGCCACUUGCUCCAUCUGCCUGGAUUACUUCAAGGAUCCAGUGACCAUCCCAGAGUGUGGGCACAACUUCUGCCGAUCCUGCCUGGUCCUGUUCUGGGGGGAAUCGGAGGCAGAGGCUUCCUGCCCUCAGUGCAGAGAAAGAGUCCAGAGAAGGAGCCUCGUCUCCAACCGGCAACUGGCUAAUGUGGCGGAAAUAGUGAAGAAUCUCAGCCUUCAAGAGGGAAAGGAGGAAGGAGGGAAAGGAGGAGUCUGUGAGAAGCACCAGGAGCCCCUCAAGCUCUUCUGCAAAGUCCACAAAACCCCCAUCUGCGUGGUGUGCGACAAAUCAAAGGAACAUGAAAAUCACAAGGUGAUUCCUCUGGAAGAGGCUUUCCAGGAAUACAAGGGAGAGAUCUGUCACCGCCUGGAGAUUCUGAGGAAAGAGAGAGAGGAAAUUCUGGCCCAUCAAGCAGAUCUGGGACAAGGAAAGCAAAGACCUCCUUGAAUCUACCCAGACCCGACAGAUAGCUGAAGGAGCUAAGGAAAAAGCAGUGGCAGUAGAGGAGAAGCUACCACCCAUUCAAAGGCAACUGGAUGGUCAUAGGUCGACGUUGUCUAUGAUCGAAUUGAAGGAGAAACAAACGAACCUAAGGAUCAGAGCCGUACCUGAAGCUGAGAAAGAUAACUUGGUUGAUUUUCUUAUGCAGGAAAUUGCAGACUUUUGGAAAUCAGAUUUGGAAA